AUGCACGCCUCCGUCCUCCUCGUCCUUACCUCAGCCUUGCUGGGCACCGCUCACCCGGGUCACCAUGAGGAGACUCACCCCAACCUCCUCGCCGCGCGCCACUCUCACCACGGCCUUGCCCGCCGUGGGCUCGAGGCUUGCAAGAACACCAAGCUCUACCGCGACCUCCAGGCGCGCGCUAUGGUUCGCCGCGCCGACACCAUCGACUACCACCGCGCUCUCCGCAAGCACAAGCGCGCCAUCGACAGCGUCGGCACCGGCCACAACCAAACAUUUUCCCACGCCGGCAUCGACAUCUCCACGCCGUCCGCCGACAUCUUCGGGUCCAACCACACCUGUAUCCUCGACCCGGAGGGUGAGAUCGGGCCCUUCUGGGUCAAGGGCGAGCACAUCCGCUCCGACCUGCGCGACGACGAGCCCGGUGUUGAGGUAGUGCUCGAGGGGCAGUUCAUCGAUGUCGAGACGUGUGAGCCCAUCACGGAUCUGUACUGGGACCUGUGGAACUGCAACGCUACCGGCGUCUACUCUGGAGUCCAGGAUUCAUCCAACGGCAACGGAGAUGAUGCGUCGAACUUGAACAAGACCUUCCUCCGUGGUGUCCAAAAGACGGACGCCGACGGUGUCGUGCAGUUCCAGACCAUCUUCCCCGGCCACUACGCCGGCAGGACUACCCACCACCACGUGGUCGCCUUCCUCGACGCCACCGUCCAGCCCAACAACACGCUUCUCUCCACCCACGCCGCGCACAUCGGCCAGCUCUUCUGGGACCAGGACCUCGUGCAGGCCGUCGAGGCGCUGUAUCCGUACAACACCAACACGGUCGAGCAGACGCUCAACGCCGACGACCACGUCAUCGCGGUCGAGCUCGGCAGCAACGCCGACUCGGACCCCUUCUUCCAGUACGCCUACCUCGGCGACGCGGUCGAGGACGGCCUGUUCGGCUGGAUCACCAUCGGCAUCAACCGCACCGCCACGUACAGCACCAGCUACAGCUUCGAGCUCACCGAGGCCGGCGGCGUCGCUGUGGAGAACGCUGGCGGUGCUCUUCCUGGAUCUGCCCCUCCUUCUCCGUCUACCGCUGCGGCUUAG